AAGAUCCAACGAGCCCUGAGAGCCCACUGGGCUUUGGAAUCAGCAAAAAGACAGAUCCAGUCGGUCGUUACCAUACAGCGUUGGGUUAGAGCGAGGCUGCAGAGGAGACGAUAUCUGGAGGACAGGAGGAAGGUGGUGAUGGUCCAGAGAGUGGUCAGGCGUUGGUUAGCGCGCCGCCACAAAGCCGCCGCCGUCAUCCAGGAAGUGACCCGAAAAUUCCUCCUGGACAGGCGACAGAAGAGGGCUCAACGAGGAAUCGUCAAAGCUCAGGCUCUGUGGAGAGGACACCGCUCCCGCAUGCUGAGCGACAAACCCAAACUCGUGAAGCUGAGGCUCCGCUUGCGCAAAAUCUCUGCUGAAGUACGAGAGGAAGACAAACUGUGCAACAAAACCUCUUCUGCGCUGGAGUAUCUCCUCCGAUACAAACACUUCUCCUUCAUCCUGGAGGCCCUGAAGAACCUCGAGGCCGCCACCAGGCUGUCGCCAGAGUGCUGCGAGCGGCUGGUGGGAAGCGACGCCACCGGUGUCAUCUUCACGCUGAUACGCAGCUGCAACCGGAGCGGACCCUGCAUGGAGGUCAUCACCUUCUCCGUCCAGAUCCUCCUCAACCUCUCCAAGUACCACCUGACCAUAGAGGCGGUGUAUUCGGUGGAAAACUCCCUGGAAACGCUGCUGGAUUUACUGCAGAAAUACCGGGAGAAAGCCGGGGACAAGGUGGCCGAAAAGGGCGGCAGCAUCUUCACCAAAGCCUGCUUCCUUCUCGCUCUGCUGCUGCAGGACGAGCGCCGCGCUCAGGAGGUGGUGAAGCUGCCUAAAGUUUUGGACCGGAUACGCAGCAUCUACCGGCUCACCGCGCGGAAACACAAAAUGGACGAAGAGCGCAGCAUCACCAGGCAGAGAAUCAACGCCUCGAUCAACGGGAGCUUCUUUGUUCCGCCAACGCCGCGCAAAUCCAAACCGCCACCAAAGUUUGUACCGGAUUGGGUUCUGAGGAAGGACAAACUGAAAGACGUCGUCGAUCCCCUCAGGGCGAUCCAGAUGGUGGCGGAAACGCUCGCCAUCGUUUUAUAAACAGAAAACCUUCAAGAGUCUUUUUGUUUUCACAGAAAACCUCAGAUUU